AUGUUAAUUAAUAUAGUUUAAUUAGAGAUAUCGAACUAUUUUAUUCACUUCCAGAAAUAAAUUUUCAAAAUUUUUUUCCAGGUUGUUUAGAUUAAAUAAAUAAUUAAUGUCUUAUUUGUCAAGAACGGUGGAGUUAGGAUGAAUUUCUUUAGAAUUCUCAGCCGAUAUGUUGAGAUAAAAUUAUUCAAGGAUAAGAAGAAUGUGAAGAUGGAAAUCAAAUAUCUAAUGAUGGCUGUUUUAAAUGUUAAUUUUCAUGUGAGAAUAUUUGCAAACCUUGUUAAUUUGGAAUUUGCUCCGAAUGUGAAACUGGAUUUAUUCUUAAUAUAGAUAAUACUUGCAUUCCUUUAUGUGGAGACGGUAUUUUAAUACCAUAUUCAAAUGAAAAAUGUGAGAUUGAAAGUGAUUAAGAUGAAUGCAAAGACUGUAGAUUUACUUCAAUUCCUAAUUGCAAAACUAUUUAUUUUUCAAAUUGUUUAGAAUGUUACCAAGGAUUUUUUAAUUUAUAAUUUGUAUGAUAUCCUAAUUGUGGAGAUAAUUUGA